AUGAUGGAUGACCGACUUCGCAAACGAGUAAUGCUUUCAAGAAGGCCAGCACCCGCUGCUGCGCCGGCGCCCAAUGCAUGUUUCUCCCGAUAUCGAGCAGCCAAAGCCUCGGUGGUACGGUCAAGGCGCAUGAGACAAAGUUCUAGCUCAGGGAGCUUCAGACGUUUAGAAAGGAGGAGACCGAUGGCUCCGCCCAAUGUCUCAAGCCCAGCCCGGUCUCCAUCAUCAUCACCCAUUGUAAUGCUCCGGGUGGGCCCUCAACAACGUCUCUUCGCCGCGCAUGAAUCCAUCCUCAGCGCUUGCCCCAUCUUCGCAGCCCAAUGCUCUUCGCAGAUUCCUAGCCCUCCUCCACCAUCCCACCCGCACAUCACUGCCCCAAGUAAACGCAUCGAUCUCCCCGAUGAAAACGCAGAGGUCUUCUCCUGCGUGCUGGAGUAUCUAUACAAAGGCGACUAUACUCCGCGCUUACAGCACAAUCCCACCACAGGAACGUGGACUCUCGCUCCCGAUGCACCCGCCCCGCAAGGCACAAUGGUUGCCUCGGUGGCCAGCGCAACCACAAAUACCUCCACGAACGCCGUGAUCUGGCAUCACGCUGCGGAGGGGCCGGUCCUGCGCGAUACGGCAGUGUAUUGCUCCGCACUUGCGUAUAAGCUACCGUCGUUGGCGCGUCUGGCUCUGCGCAAGCAAGGUCUUCAAAUGGGGAUUCCAUGCCGGACAAUUUUGUCCAGUGCGAGAUUUGCGUAUGCGCAUACGCCCGACACCGAGUCGCGACUGCGGGCGCAUUAUCUCGCGCUGAUGAUACGUUGCCGGAGCACGUUCAAGCGCAGUGGGACGAUGCAAGCCGAGAUGGAGAAGGGUGGGAGGUUGUUCUUUGAUUUGUUCGUUGCGAUGUGUAAUCAUAUGGUGAGUUUGACGAGCUGUUCUCAAAGUGUUGUCCAACUGUUGGAAGAAGUGCUUCUGGUCGGCCUUGGCCUUGUCUCGAAGAAGGCUAAUCGGAAUGUUCCCACAGGACGAUGCAUUUCCGUCGGCAAUGUC